CAGCUGUCAGUCAACUUGUCAAGAAGAAGAGUUAUUUUAUUAUUUCCAGUUACGUUUUUAUUUUAUCACGCAUGUCAUGUUAAUAAUUAUUUAAGAAAAUUCAAAUUUUUAUGUAACAUACUUUCAUACACGUUCAAACACACGUAUAAUGUUUUACGGAGUGAUGAUAUAAUGUGUAUAUGACUAGUUUUUGAUAUUGUUUAAUUGUGUACCUAUAAUUAUAAUAAAAAUACAAUGGCUCCGAAUUUUAGUAAAAUUACCUCAAGAAAUGAUAUAAAAAUUGGUCUAGCCGCCUCUGCGGCGUUAAGUGCAUGGCUAUUGAGAAAUUUCUUUAAAUCAAGAUCCUCAAAAAAUGUUAGACCGGUGCUAUCUCCAGAGGAAAGAGUGCAAUAUAUGAUAAAAGACAAAGACCAAAAGGGGCCUAAAGCACAAGUGGAUGCAAGAUUUUUUGCAGAACUUAAAGUACUAUGGGGUAUAAUGGUGCCAGGUAUAUGGAGCAAGGAGAGUGCUUUCAUGGGGUUGAUCGCUCUUUCUCUCAUCGCAAGAACACUCUGUGACCUGUGGCUCAUCCAGCACACAACAUUAAUUGAAGGAUCAAUAAUUACAAUGAAUCACAAGGAGUUCAGGCGGUUAUUAAUACAAUUCUUUAUGUCGAUGCCGUUGAUUUCCCUGGUUAACAAUGUACUAAAAUGGAGUAUAGGAGAAGUGAAACUAAGAUUAAGAACAAAUCUGUCGUUACAUUUAUAUCAACAGUAUCUGAAAGGUUUCACAUACUACCAAGUGACGAAUUUAGACAACAGAAUAACAAAUGCAGAUCAGUUGCUGACCACAGACAUAGAUAAAUUCUGUGAAACGGUCAUAGACUUGUACAGUAACAUCAGCAAACCUCUACUGGAUAUUUCAAUAUAUUUAUACAGGUUGACAGUGAAUUUGGGUGCUUCGACCCCAGGAAUCAUGAUGGCCUACUUAUUCUUUUCUGGAAUAUUCUUGACUUAUCUUAGAAAACCAACAGCUCGCAUGACGGUACAGGAACAAAAGCUUGAAGGUGAAUUUAGAUACGUCAAUUCAAGACUCAUCACAAAUUCAGAAGAAAUUGCCUUCUAUCAAGGAAAUCAUCGCGAACAGUUAACUAUACUGGCCAGUUUCUACAAGCUAACACGGCAUCUUCGCAAGUUCCUCAACUUCAGAGUCGGAAUGGGAUUUAUAGAUAAUAUUAUAGCUAAAUAUAUCGCGAUUACGGUCGGUUUCUACGCGGUGUCGCGGCCGUUCUUCGUAACGGAUCAUAAUUUGUUAACCACGGGAACUGAACAAGACAGAUUUAGGCACUACUACACGUACGGGCGCAUGCUGGUCAAGAUGGCGGAGGGCAUCGGUCGGCUCGUGCUGUCGGGCCGCGAGCUCAGUAAGCUGGCGGGGCUCACCGCGCGCGUCACGCAGCUGCGCGCCGUGCUCGAGGACAUCAACCGCGGCAACUACAGCCGCACCAUGGUGGAGCGCCAGAACGAGAACGGUCCACCGAUGAUCCUUGCGCCCGGCGCAGGUAAGAUCAUCUACCAGGACAAGAUCAUCCGUUUCGACAAAGUGCCUCUCGUGACGCCCAAUGGAGACGUGCUCAUUAAAGAACUUACUUUUGAAGUCAAGUCUGGCAUCAAUGUAUUAGUCUGUGGUCCCAAUGGUUGCGGCAAGUCUUCAAUGUUCCGUAUGUUGGGAGAGUUGUGGCCUAUAUUCGGCGGAACACUCACGAAGCCGCCCAAAGGAAAGCUGUUUUACGUACCGCAGCGACCUUAUAUGACUCUAGGCACGUUUAGAGAUCAAGUGAUCUACCCGCAAACGCGCGAAGAGAUGACGAGGCGCGGCCGCACUGACGCCGAGCUCAAGCGAUUUCUGGACAUCGUUCAGCUGUCGUACCUGGUGCAGCGCGAGGGCGGCUGGGACGCCGUCGAGGACUGGAUGGACGUGCUCUCGGGCGGCGAGAAGCAGCGGAUCGCUAUGGCGCGACUGUUCUACCACGCGCCACAAUUCGCGAUCCUGGACGAAUGUACAAGUGCAGUUUCCGUUGACGUAGAGGGACACAUGUACCAGUACUGCAGAGAGACGGGAAUAUCUCUGUUUACGGUUUCACAUCGCAAGUCUCUGUGGAAACAUCACGACCAUUACUUGCAAAUGGACGGGCGUGGAGGAUACGUAUUCGGUGAAAUCGACAACGAAACUACAGAAUUUGGGUCGUGAUUGUAGAAUAAAUAGAUAUUUAAGGGGUUAUUUCUAUGAAAAACUACAUCUAGUGUCUACAAUCUUGUUUGUUGAUAAACAUUAUCUUGCAUAUAAGUUACUGAUAUACUUCAUAAGGAAGCAGCGAAACAGGACCUUAGUAUCUAUUUUACCUCAUCUAAUAACUACAACUUUUGCGACAAAAAUUUAGUUGAAAGUAAAAAUAAAAAUAAGUGGAUGAUAAAUUUUUAUUUGUUGUAUAUACGGCAUAUACUUUUAUUCACAUAAAAAAAAAUAGUAAAACGUCAACGUAACUGGCAGGUAAAGGUAUAUUCACAAUUAAGUGAAAAAUACAAACAAUAUUGAAUUAUUGAUUUUAUUAACAAAAAUCUAACUGUCUCAAAUGUUACUAAAUAUUAAUUGUAGGUAAUACACAAAGGACUUUGAUGCUAUAUGAAAAUUCUGAAUUCAGACAGCAGUUAGUCACUUUGAACUUGGUUUUAUAAUCUAAUAAAAACGUAGAGUCAAUUCUAAUAUUAAUAAUGAAGACAUACUAAUGCAAAUAAAGUUGCACCAAUUAAACUAUUAACACAAUAUUUAACUAUAACUUAAGAUAGUAACAUCAAUUGUUACAUUUUUAUGUAAAAAUACGAAUUGUGAUCUUAGAACAAAUAACUUCUAGAACAAUCCGAUAAAAAAACUAUGUUUAUACACAAAAAAACUAAUGUUUUAUUAUAACCUAGUAAGUAUUCUAAUUGAAUGAUGUAUAUAUAUUUCUAAAAUUUAUUCAAGCUUCAAAAAAUUCUGUAAGUAUAUUUAAUUUUGGGUUAUAUUUUUAAUUAUGUCCUAUUUAUAGUCAUUUUAUGCUAAAUAUUAUUAAAUUAUUGAACUUUUUAUAUUGAACAUAUUUUGUGUGUAUUUAUCAUUCUGCAAGUUUUACAAAAUGUCUUAAAACAUCGGUAGUUUAAAAUUUCUAUUAUAAGUAAAAAAAUCUUUGUGAAUGUUUAUUUAUAACUUAAUAUCAUGACGGAAUAUUUUUUUCUUAGCACUUAAGUAUAAAAAAAAAUGUUAAUGUAUUAUCAUAUGUAAUUCAUGUAUGUUUUUGUAUACAUCUUAUGAGUGAAUACUUUUGAUGUAAUAGUUAAGUUUAUAGAUAAAACUAAUAUAUUGAUCAAAUCAAAAUAUUUAAAAACCAAGUUUAAAAAUAAAAGCCUUUUCAAUGCCUUUAAACUCAAAUACCGUAAGAAAGUAGUAUUUAUAAUACAAAGUAACUAUUAAUAAAAUUAUAAAUUAUUACAAAACAUUCCUAUGAAGUAAACACCCAUAUUAAAGAAUAAAUAAAUCGUCAAUACAUUGUCUCAAGUAAUAUUUUUAAUUGAUGAUAUAAUUCAUUGAAAAAAAAUAUACUGACCAUUUUAUAACAGAUUCGCAUAUAUUUCGUAUUUUACUAGUAAUGGGACCAUUUGUCUAAAAUGAACAUAGGUAGUGAUUUUAUUUAUGUACGUACAAAGAAAUGUAAAAAUCACAUUUAUGAAAUUAGCUUAUUAACUAUGAUUUAUAUGUAAAAUGGGUUGUUUAUCAAGUUUGAUCUUAUACAUGAAAUGUAAUGAAAA